AUGAUCAAUUUCCUUCUUUGUCUCUCAACUAGCCUUGAAAUAUUGUAUCAUGAGGAGCUAGCAUUUAUCGAUCUCAUGCGCGAAACAGGCAAUUUCUAUGUUGGCGAUGAAUUUCAUUUUAGAUUUGGAAUUUUUCUUGCAAAUAAACGUUUUGUCCAAGAACAAAAUUCUAUAAAUAGAAAUUAUAGGCUUUCCCUAAAUCAAUUUUCAUUUUUAACAAAUUCGGAAUACAAAUCCCUCUUGGGAGGUAAAGUAUCCUCUAAAAAUAACGAUGACAGCCAUUUGUUUUCUCCACAAUCUAAAAAGUCAUCAGAAGUAACCUUUGAUUGGAGAACAAAAGGUAUAAUUAAUCCAAUUCGCAACCAAGGACAAUGCGGCUUAUGUUGGGCCUUCUCCACAAUAUGCUGUGUCGAAGCACGUUGGGCACAAGCGUACAAUACACUCCUUCAGCUCUCGGAGCAGAUGCUUGUUGAUUGUGUCGAUACUUGUUACGGAUGCAUGGGCGGAUACGCUGAUGACGCUGCUGCUUUCGUUAUAGAAAACUACGAAGGAAAGUUCAUGACAGCUGCUGACUACCCGUACAUUGCAAGAGCCUCUAUUUGCAAGUUUGAUAAAACUAAAUCAGUAGCAAAAACUACAGGAUUUGAGAGAGUAAAACCAGGAUCAUCGGAUGCUUUAAUUGAAGCCGUACAAACAUCAGUCUGUUCUCUUCUUAUUGAUGCAUCCAUUAACUCAUUCAUGCAAUACAAGUCUGGUAUUUAUGAUGACACGAAAUGCGAUCCAACACAGUUAGAUCACUACGUAAAUCUUGUUGGAUAUGGUUCUGAAUCCGGAAUUAAUUACUGGAUAAUUAGGAAUUCUUGGGGUGAAGCAUGGGGUGAAUCAGGCUACAUUCGCAUCAUCAACAAUGCUGCUAAUGUUUGCGGUGUUCUUUCCCAUCCAAUUGUUCCAAAGGAACUCUAA